AUGGGCUCCAUCACCCCCCUUGAAAUUCCCACCCACUGCAAAGCAGGGGUCAUCUAUAACCCAGGCCCAAAUUUCACCGUCAAAGUCGAGGAUGUCCCAGUCCCGCAACCAGGAGCAGAUGAUAUUUUGAUAAGGCUCAAUGUCACUGGUCUCUGUCAGAGUGAUCUGCACUACAUGCUGGACGACCUCGGUAUCUCAAUGAGCACCUUUGGUGUCAGAAGCCCAGGUCACGAAGGCGCCGGGGUUGUCGUAAAGGUGGGCGAGAAUGUCAAGAACUUCAAAGUCGGCGAUAGGGCCGGUAUCAAACCGAUGAUGGAUACGUGUGGAGCUUGUACUAGUUGCUGGAGCGACAAGGAAACGUACUGUGCGGGGGCCGUGCAUACUGGGUUGAUGGUUCCUGGCACUUACCAGCAGUACGUCGUUUCUCCCGCGCGAUAUGCAACGCCUAUACCUGAGGGGAUCCCUGAUGAGAUCGCUGCGCCAAUUAUGUGCAGUGCGUCAACGAUAUACCGUUCGCUUGUAGAAUCGAGGCUCCAGGCAGGCGAUUGGGCUGUUUUCCCCGGCGGUGGUGGUGGUGUCGGCAUUCAGGGCGUCCAACUGGCAUCGGCUAUGGGCAUGCGCCCCAUUGUCGUUGAUACUGGCGAGGAGAAAAAGAAUCUAGCGCUCAAGAUGGGCGCUGAGGCCUUCAUCGACUUCAAGACCGUCCCUGACGCAGCCGCAGCCGUGGUUGAAAUCGCGGACGGCAUAGGUGGGCACGGUGUUUUCGUCACAGCACAAGCUGCGUACCCCACUGCAUUGGCAUACCUGGGCACCCGCAUUGGCGGGGAUUUGAUGUGUAUUGGCAUUGCGCCGGCCGGAACCAUGAGUAUCCCCGUUGACCCUAACUUGUUGCUCUUCAGGAACACCCGGAUACAAGGGACACUGGUUGGCAGUCGGCAUGAUACGAUCAAGGCGUUGGACUUCGCACGCAGGGGUAAACUAAAGCAGAUCUGUGAGGUUUGGCCGGUAGAGCGCUUGCCUGAGGCUGUUGAUAGACUGAGGAAGGGGCUUGUUGCAGGAAGGAUGGUGGUUGAUUUUAACCAGUAG